AUGAGCCUGGGCGUCGGCCUAGCCGCUUGCGGCGUGUCGUCCGUCUUCUUUGGUUCAAUGUUCGUUCCUAUCAGAAAGUACGAUGCUGGAGAUGGAAUGUUCGCUCAGUGGGUGAUGUCGAUCGCCAUUCUUAUAGUCGGCUUCAUCGUCUUCUGCAUUCGAAGCUUCCCCGGCUUCUAUCCAUUAGCGAUGCUGGGCGGAGCAUUUUGGGCUGUCGGUAACGCCACAGCGAUUCCGAUAAUCUCCAGGCUUGGGAUGAGCGUUGGAAUCCUCAUAUGGAACACAUCAAAUUGCUUGACGGGCUGGGCUGGCGGAAGGUUUGGCCUCUUCGGCAUGAAAGCUAAUCCACCUGCCAGUGAACUCCUGAACUACGGUGGACUGGUCUGCGUGAUCGUAGGAGGCAUCCUGUUCUCGAGAGUCAGGAGCGAAUCUGGUGCGAGCGAAAAGGAGGCUGUUACACUUAGCAGCAUUAAAAGAACGUCCAAAGACAUUGUCAAUGGCACAGAGACGUUACUUCUCACCCACGAUGAGGCAUUAGCCGAAAAGGAAUCCAGGGAGAUAGCUCGUUCAAAGCAUGACGGAAAGCAAAGAGCCGUUGGUAUUGCAAUGGCUCUGAUUGCCGGUGUUUUCUAUGGGAUGACUUUUGUACCGGUCAUAUACAUGAUUGAUAACCCGGAUAAAUUUCCAAGUUAUCCAAAUGAUGGACUUGCCUACGUGUUCUCUCACUAUUUCGGAAUUUUCCUCACCUCGACGGCAAUGUUCAUCUGCUACGCUGUGGUCAAACGUAACCGACCGUUGGUUCCAUCAUUUAUUGUACUACCGUCACUGCUCGCCGGUCUACUAUGGGCAAUUGCCCAAUCCUCGUUUUUCGUCGCCAAUCAACACCUCUCUCAGGCCGUUACGUUUCCAAUUAUUGCAAUGCUCCCAGGAUGCAUCGCAUCUGCUUGGAGUAUAGUUUAUUUCCAUGAGAUUAAGGGUAGCCGGAAUUUUAAAAUUCUCGCUGUUGCCAUGCUGGUUACGCUUUCUGGAGCUGUUAUGGUCGGACUGUCCAAGUUUGUUAAUCUGUAA